GUUGGCGGGUCCCGACCGUUUACGUCCGUUUGACAUCAUUGACUCGGAUGCCGCCAUGUUCGACAUGUGCGGAGAGGGGUCUGAAUACAUGCCAGCCAGAUGGAAUGCUACCUGGUGGGGCUACUGGGUUGUGUGCAUCACCGUGGAGGAUGUGGACGAGAAGGGCGAGGAGAACGACUACGAGCGCUUCUUCAAGUACAAAGAUCAGGAGGAGUGGGUGAAGACCACCCUCCUGCGGCUCGCGAGCCCGCCGGAUCGGGUCGUCGCGUCACAGUUGGACAAGCUGAUUACAGGCUUCACGGAGUUUCGGCAGGACUGGUCCCACCUCCCCCGGGGCUGGGUGACCUAUCACAGCUUUACCUUCCUGCACGUGCGGGGCGGCGAGAUGACAAUCUGCCUGGAGAAGAAGACGGACAAGCUGGAGAUCAUGCUGGCCACGGGGACGAGGGCCACCAGUUUCAUGCAGGACUUUUCCGCGCUGAUCCGGCCGCGGAACCCGGAGAGGUGCUCAGCCAUGGAGUACAAGCCGGUGGCGCCCGGCGUCUCCGUCGCCAGGCUGUUCGAAUGGAUUGACGGGCCUUUGGCACGAGGCUGGCAGCCCUACUCCUUGGUGGGCGCCAAUUGCCAGCACUUCUCCGAGGAGCUCCAUGAAUUCCUGCAGAACCCGGCGAAGGUGGAGCGCCAGUCCGAGGCGGAGGACAUUGCAGACAUCCUGCGCGUGGUCUCACAGCAAGUGACGACCAACCCCAAGAUGCUCUCUGACCUGCCGCCGCACCUCAGCAAGGAGCGGAGCGUGGUGCUCCGGGCGGUGCAUCUCAACGGCAUGUCGCUGGCCUAUGUGGAGAAACAGUUCCAGCAGGACUGGCGGGUGGUGCUGAGCGCAGUUCAGCAGGACGGCGACGCCUUGAGAUUCGCCUCGGAGGAGAUGAAAAGCGACCGCCAGAUCGUGCUGGCUGCGGUGCAGAACAAGGGCGCAGCACUGCAGCACGCGGACAAGAGCCUGCACCGGGACCGGGAAAUGCUCCUAGCAGCGGGCUGGUCCGGCGCUGGUGUGCUAAUGUCCUGGAGCAGCGACGCGAGCUGAUGCCCGUGUGUGCUGAGAAUUUCAGAUCUGUGCAAUGCCACGGCUCCGAAUCCAGCCGAGUCGAGUCGGUAGCAACCUGGA